UGCUGUUUUCUCGUGGCAAAACACGAUUUGUCGCUUUGCUAACUUUCCAUUUCGAGCUACUUAUUUAUUUAUGCUUUGAUAAAUUUAGACCCAUUUGAUAACCGUUCACUUCUGUACAAAGCACGUUGCUCCCUUUGGUAAAGAUAACUCGUGAAUGAGAUGACUUUUCAAGUUGCUGCGGUGUUUGCCAUCUUCGCUCUUCUGAGCGCGAAAGCGCACGGCCAGGAUGGUGAACCAAUGCGCUUUGAGACGCCAAAAAUGAAUGAAGAAGAACAGCACUCACCGCACACACCGAAGUCGUUUGAGAUGACGUGUGAUGCUUGCACUGCGAUUGCAUUCCAGAUGAGCAAAGCUUUACGUAAAGCAGAGGACAAGAAGCCAUCACUGAAAGGAAAACCACUUCCAGAGUCAGAUUAUCUUGAUGUGUUUGAGGCAGUUUGUGACAAUUCUUGGGAUGACUAUGGGAUAAAGACAGUUAAGGGUGUAAAUCGUUUAUCUGGCCCAGGUUUGGAAGCAAAAGAUUUUCCUGGUAUGAUGCAAGGGGGAGGCAAAUGGCCUGGCAGACUUGCCCAGAAGUGUGGUGGUUUGGUUGGAGACAUUGGAGAAGAUGAAAUUUACGCAGAAUACAGGAAAACAAAGGACCUCUUCGACUAUUUGUGCAAAGAAUAUACAAAGGAUUGUGUCAAAAACGAAAAACAAGAAUUAUGAUAUAAGUCAUAGAACCUUACUACUAUUGAUAAAGUUUAGUUUGAAGCAAUUCUGCUCAUUUGGAUAUAAUUAAAAUUUCGAGAGAUUUGUUACUAACAUUGCAACUUUUAAAAAGAGCCGCAAUUGUUUUAAGAGGUGUUUGCCAAAGGCUUUCAAUCUUAGCUUAGUCAGGGACUGAUCAAUUAUUUAUAACCAGUUCAUGUCUACAUUAAUUUUCAGUUAUUGGAAUGUUAAGAGACAUUUUUACAUUGGUCUUUGUAUUUUUUGCUGAAAACUUAUUUGAUUUAUCAAUACAUUAUUUUUUGAAGUUCUUGGUUAGAAAGUUCUUGCAUUAACCUCUUGUUAAAAAUGUACUUUUUCCUUAUGGUGCAAUAGGGAAGUUGGUAAGACUACUCGUGCUUGUGCUUUUUGUAAAUUGUGCAUUUUAAGCACUUUUAUAAGUCUUGCCUUUAAAAUAAAAGUACUUUGAAAUUA